AUGGCGCAGGCGAUCGAGGCUCAGAGGGAGGGUGCGGAGGUGUACCACGGCGCGGUGCUGUGCGCGGAGAAGGCGGUGGAGCUGCUGGCCGAGACCAACAUGCCGCUGGGCCUGCUGCCGCUGGCGGACAUCGAGGAGGUGGGCUACAACCGCGCCACCGGCUUCGUCUGGCUGCGCCAGAAGAAGGCGCUCACGCACACCUUCAAGCAGAUCGGGCGGCAGGUCUCGUACGGCACCGAGGUGACGGCCUUCGUCGAGGACCGCAAGAUGAAGCGCAUGACCGGGGUCAAGAGCAAGGAGCUCCUCAUCUGGAUCACCCUCUGCGACAUGUACAUCGAGAAGGACGAUCCCUCCAAGAUCACCUUCAAGACGCCCACAGGGCUGGGGAGGACCUUCCCCGUCUCCGCCUUCGAGAAGCAGGACGACGGCAAGGCCAAGGCCGCGGCUGCCGACGGCAAGGAGGCCGUCGUGGCCAAGUAG